GCAGUGGAGUCGCGUGAGGUUUGUGGGUGUCUGCCGUCGGGGUAAGCUAGUGGUUGGUCUGCCUUCUUAGCUGGUUGGAUAAGAAGCGGGCAGAGGCGUUUGGCCCCGCAUGCUAACCCGGAGCGGUGGCCAUCAGUGUCGAGUUCGAGGUUUCCUUCUGUGCAGACCCCUUCCGUCCUGCUCCGGAGGGCGUGUUUCAGGAGAGUGAGGUUCCGGUUCCCAUGCUCCCUGACUCCUGUACAUAGUUGGCUGCCAGAUCAGCAUGAAAAGAUUUGUAGAUAAGAGUGGACAUUGUUCAAGCCAACGGGGCUGUUCAGCCUGUCGGGAAAGUAUUUCUGCCAGAAACGCCCUCCAAGAGAAACUUUUGAGGUGCCGUACCAGUGUCCUCAGCGGGCCUUAGAAUGCCGGAAGCGAGCCAUGAUGCGGGUGUGCUGGUUGGUGAGACAGGACAGCCAGCACCAGCGAAUCAGACUUCCCCAUUUGGAAACAGUUGUGAUUGGUCGAAGCCCAGAAACCAAGAUCACAGAUAAGAAAUGUUCCCGACAGCAAGUACAGUUGAAAGCAGAGUGUAACAAGGAAUAUGUCAGAGUAAAGCAGGUGGGGGUCAAUCCCACCAGCAUUGACUCAGUCAUCAUUGGGAAGGACCGAGAGAUGAUGCUGCAGCCUGGUCAGGUUCUCCACAUGGUGAAUGAACUUUAUCCAUAUGUUGUAGAGUUUGAGGAAGUGGCAAAGAGCCCUGACCUAGAAACACAAAGGAAGAGAAAGAGGUCAGACAGUGAUGGUGAGGUGAUGGAUGCUGCUCAGGAAGCAGAAUCUGGGACAGGGCUAGCACCUGGGAACAGACCCAGCCAAUGCUCUGUACCCCCUAAGAAGGGCAAGGAUGGAGCCACCAAACAGGAAUCCCUGAGCCACUGGAGUCAAGGCUUGAAGAUUUCUAUGAAAGACCCCAAAAUGCAGGUUUACAAAGAUGAUCAGGUGGUGGUGAUUAAGGAUAAAUAUCCCAAGGCCCGUUACCACUGGCUGGUCUUACCAUGGGCCUCCAUCUCCAGUCUGAAGGCUGUGACCAGCGAACACCUUGAACUUCUCAAACAUAUGCACACUGUAGGAGAGAAGGUGAUUGCAGAUUUUGCUGGAUCCAGCAAACUGCGCUUCCGAUUGGGUUACCAUGCCAUUCCCAGCAUGAGCCAUGUGCACCUUCAUGUGAUCAGCCAGGACUUUGAUUCUCCUUGCCUUAAACACAAAAAGCACUGGAAUUCUUUCAAUUCAGAGUACUUUCUGGAAUCACAAGCUGUGAUCAAGAUGGUUCAAGAAGUUGGCAGAGUGACUGUUCAGGAUGGGACUUAUGAACUCUUGAAGCUGCCUCUUCGUUGCCACGAGUGUCAGCAGCUGCUGCCUUCCAUCCCGAAACUGAAAGAGCACCUCAGGAAGCACUGGGAUGGAUGACCUUUUCCUCAGCAGCCUAGUGCAGCACUAGCAUAUGUCUGCAUUGACUGUGCUCUGUUCAGUCCUGAACUAAAAUAGAACUUUUCAAAGCAAGACUUAGUUAUUCUUGAGCAGCCAUACAUAGGGUGACUGGUUAGUUCAGGAACUGGGAACCUGGGUUUGUAUGGGUAUAUUUUCUGGUUAUGGAGACUGAGGCAUGCCUGAUCACCCUUUCUAGGACCAUGUAAGGCCUGACUAAUAAGAGGGCAAAGCCAUCUUGAGACUUUGAAGGAUGUAGAAGCAGAGGACUGGUAAUAUAUUUUGUUCCUACCCCUGUUCCCAGAUCAUGUAGUAUCUUUUCAUCAAGGUAGCUGAGGUUCUGAGGGGGCCUAGUUCUCUGACCUUAAUCUACUCUGUGAUAGUUUUCUUCUUUCCAUGAGGCUUUAAAUCUACUGUCCCAGGCUGAGCAUAGGUAAAAAUGUGUGACAGUCAAUCUGCAUAGAGAGAGGAAUUGUGUGUGAGUGUGCUGCCAGGGCAAAGGAAGUGGUAAUAUUUGGGUACAGUAUGAUAACUGUACAGUCUAUGCUGAGAGCAGCAUGGGGUGGUGUGAACUGUCAGCUUCAGGCAGAGUUUAUUGAGGCUUCUGCUGCUGUUCUUGAGAAUUACAGAACAUUUAACCAACUUCAGAUAGUUUCUCCAGUGUACCAUGGGAAAAAUAUGUUGCAGAGAGUUCAUUUAAUUUCUACCUAAUGCUAUAUAGUUUAGCACAUCAAUAUUAAAAUGACUAUUUUAUUAUAAA